GAUCAAAUAAAUAGGAAUCUCAAAUGUAAUGCAAGUAGGUGAAGUUGUUAGGAUUUCUCAUAGCUUACCUUACUGUUAGGGUGUUUUAAUCUAAUAUACAUCAAUUUAUUUGCAAAUCAAUGUGAAGUACAUCUUAAUCUUAAUUUACUCCAUGAUAUGGACAAGUAAGAGCUGUGUGGACACUUAGGAAAACUUUCAAGUGCUCAACGCUGUACUAGUGAACGAAUUAUAUUAUCCUGCAUGAAGAAGAUUGUAAAUAUGAGCUUGGAACAUUAGUCAGAAUAAGUUAAGAAUUAGUUUAACAAGAGAAAGUUAAUGCGCAGUCUAAACUAAAGCCACAAAAAAUAACAAACUUUAAUCAAUCAACAUUCAGUUCAAUACUAAAAGGAGGGAUUAAAAGAUGAUAUUCAGAACAAUCAUCAACGCCGCAUAUUUAUCUUAUAACAUUAAGAAUAACAAUAAUACAUAAGCAGGAGUGAUACUUGUUUUUAUGUUUUGGAGACAUUCUCUAUGUAAAAUAUUCAUAUUUUACUUGCAAUACAAUUACCCUAAGUCUGGUAUAUUGUUGGAAUUAAGAACAAGCAACAUUGUGAACAGAUUUGAUUAUCAAAGAUAUUCAAGUGGCUGAGAAUUGCAAUGUUUCAAUAUUUACUGCUUUAUGCUAUUAUUACACUUGUCCACAUAGGUAGAAUCAUUAUAUGGGCUUGCUCAUCUAUAAGUCACUAAAUGUGAAAUCAUGUUGUUCAAUAUAAACUAAAUUCAAGGAAUCAAGAAGAGAUUUAUUAUAUUCAGUAAAAGUGCAUAACAUACAUGAUCUGUAUCUUCCAAUUAAGCCACCACAACUUAUUGUGUAAAUGGUUCUCUUUUCGUCAGUCCUUGUUAACAGAAUUUCAAGUAUUGAGGACAAAGUAAAAUUUCUCCUCAGUUGUUUAGCUCGGUAAUUAUUUUUCAGUACAAUUAGAGCGACCCAUCUACAUAGAAUGCCAGCCUUAGGUUAGGAUGUAUAUACAAGCAAUGGAAGGAGCUAAAGUUGUAAACACACACAAAAAAAUAAUUCUAAAUUCAAGUAAUUUUCUUUUUUAAGUGAAUUUUAUUUCAAUUAGUAAUCUCUUAAACAUUUAAGAUUCUUACAGUACCUAGCAACAUAUAAAUAAAAAAUUUGGUAUGAAAAAAAGAGUUAGAUAUUUUCUUUUAUCAAGUAAUUCCAACUCUUCAUAUAGAAGACUUAAAUUAUGUGUAUUUAAUGUAAUAUAAUUGUUAAAGAAAAAAUAGUUAGUCUGAUAUAAUUGCUAGGUUGUAUUUAUUAUAGCUUUAAUUAUUUAAUUUACAAAAAGUAUGUCUUCAUAUAUUUUAUUCAAAAAUUACCCUGA